AUGAUUUAGAAGUCUGAUGAUUCCGAUUCUGAUUAUUCUCCAAAAAAACCCUUUCUUUAUAAAUAAAAAGCAUUAAAAAGUAAAAUUGGUAAAUACUAUAAAGGUAAUAAAAUUGAAAAUCGGGAGACUUUUUAUGAAUGUUAACCAUUAUUAACAAAACAUUAAGUUUGUGAUAGUACUUGUUUAACCUUUAAAAAAUAAAUAUAUCAGAAUUAACACAUUAGGAAUAGAAUCAAAAAAAUAGAGCCAUUGCCCUUGUAUAAUUGCCAAAUAUAUUUAUAAAAUAUCUUGAACUCUAGAGCACAUAAAAAGUUAGUAUAAAAAAAAUAAAAGAAACCAAGCAAUUGGAAAAAAAAUGUAAUUCUAAGAUGUUAGAAUUUAAAUUAAACUUAGAGAAUGUAAAUAGAAUAACUUUAAGCAUAAGGAUAUAGAAAUUGUAUUAUUGCAGCCUUAUUAGGGGUUUCUCCUCAAUAGGUUAGAAGAAAUUAAUUCAAUAUAAACCUCAAUCAAUCUAGGGAACAGAUUUAGCUAACAAAUAUUGAAAAAACUUGGCUCAAAUUUUAAGCUUAACAAUAAUCGAAUUCUGUAUUAUUUAAUGCGUUUUCUUUCAGAAACGCUUUUCUUAAUAAAUUUCCAGAUUAAACUCUUAGCAUACAAUAAUUUAGAAAGAUUCUUCAUUAAUAAUAAAUAAGAUAUCGAACUCCCUCUCUAAAACCUUUAACUUUUUUUUAAAAAGAAGGAAAAAAUGAAGAAACAGUUUAAUUCAUCUCUACUUUAUGUGGAUACUUGAAUGAAAAUUACAGCAUUAUUUUCAUUGAUGAAUGCUCUCUUGGGAAUAUCUCAAAAUACACUCAUAAAUAGUGGCAUGUUUUAGGAUCUUUUAAGCAAACAACUCACAGAAUUUCAACUUUUAAGUAUUUGAUUAGCGCUUUAGGAACUAAGGGUUUCUUGUAUUUUCAAUUAUUUGAAGGAACUGGGAAAGCAUAUAUAUUUUAGGAUUUUGUAACUUCAAUUGUUUACAAAGCUUAAGAGUUUUAUAAAUCCUAAAAAUUUGUUUUCGUAAUGGAUAAUUGUAGUAUCCAUAAAUCCUCCUAAAUGAAAAAAAUUUUUGUUUAGACGCACUGCAUAUUCACUCCAGCUUAUCGACCAGAAUUCAAUGCUAUUGAACAUAUGUUUGGUUGGAAGAUAAAUAAAAUUAAACUACCAAUUCACAGUGUAUAUAUAUUUUGCAAGGAUAAUCAUUAUUCAGAGCUAAAAAGAAAAUAAUAAAAUCCAAAUAUAUAAAUGAAUUACCAAUCCAAUAAUUUAAUAACCUACUAAAUUUUCAUUUAAAUAUAAACCAUAAUCAAAUAGAAACCAUAUUUAAUUUUUUAUCAAAAUUACUUUUAAUCUGUAUUUAUCUCUAAUUACUUUUAACAAAGAAUUGCAUGCUUACCUCAUAUGAAGUUAUCAAUCAAUUGGUAUCUUUCCUAGAUAAUUUCAAAAUUUCCUAUUCUUAAAUAUAAUUUACAUUAUUAAAUAUCAAAAAAAAUUAUUUUCCCAUAAAUAUAUAUGGAAGAUAAAUUAAAAAAAAAUAAUUUAUCUUGA